AUUGCACUAGCCCGCUCACUCCGAGGGACAGGGCCCUGCAGCUCCCGGGUUGCCUGAACCAACUAUGGGUAACACUGCAAGUGAUCGCAUAUCUGGAGAUCGGCAUGGCAAGUCCCACCGUGCAGAUGGAGCAACUGCGGGACACUCUACAAAGGAGCAUGAGGAAAACAAAAUCAUGGUUGGAAGCACAGACGACCCAAAUAUCUUUAGCACUCAAGAAUCUAAGCACCCUGGAGACUCAACAUGGACGCAGGACUCAGAGGAUCCAGGGAAAUCAUCUCAGCAGGGUCGUCCCACUGUAAUCCGUUGGACAGAAGGUGGCAAAGAAGUCUUCAUAUCUGGGUCAUUCAACAACUGGAAUACAAAAAUUCCACUGAUUAAAAGCCACAAUGACUUUGUUGCCAUUUUGGACCUUCCAGAGGGAGAGCAUCAGUACAAGUUUUUUGUGGAUGGGCAAUGGGUACAUGACCCUUCUGAGCCUGUGGUCACCAGCCAGCUUGGUACGAUUAACAACUUAAUCCAUGUGAAGAAGUCAGAUUUUGAAGUAUUUGAUGCUUUGAAACUGGAUUCAAUGGAAAGUUCUGACACGUCAGCUAGAGACUUGUCAAGUUCCCCCCCUGGACUUUAUGGCCAAGAGUUAUAUGCCUACAAGCCAGAAGAACGCUUUAAAUCACCUCCUAUCCUUCCUCCCCAUCUUCUGCAAGUUAUACUUAACAAGGACACCAACAUCUCUUGCGAUCCUGCGCUCCUUCCAGAACCAAAUCACGUCAUGCUAAACCACCUGUAUGCUUUGUCAAUAAAGGAUGGGGUAAUGGUUCUUAGUGCGACCCAUCGAUAUAAGAAGAAGUACGUCACCACUUUAUUGUACAAGCCAAUUUAGAUUGAGUGCAGCUGUCAGUCUGCCUGUGUGUGGGAUACAGUUGGACCGUACAUACCUUAUGGAUGAACAGGCUGAACCCAUAGUUUACACUCGGCCAAAGUCUUGUUGUGAAUCUUUCUUAGUAAGGUUGGCACAUGGGAAAUGUUACUAAAAAUGAUGUGUAAAUUAAGGUGGACUUAGCAAGGUGUUUUUUGACAGGAAGAAGUGGUAUUUGCAUUGUCUGCACUCCCUCUUGUAUCGCAAUAAACAGACACCUACUCAUUUG